AUGUUACGUAGCCUGUUCACAGCACUAAGAAACAUGUCUACCGAAACCACCAUUCCCAAAGCCGCUGCAGCAGCUGCCGCAGUCCCAGCUGCCAGAGCCGAGAAGAAGUCCAAGAAGGAUGCCGGAAAUGCAUUCGUCUUGAAGACUCCAAAAGGUACCAAAGACUGGGCUGACAAGGACAUGAUCAUCAGAGAGGCCAUUUUUGGUACCCUGUCAUCUUUAUUUAAGAGACACGGAGGUGUAACCAUUGACACUCCAGUUUUUGAGCUGCGUGAGAUUUUGGCUGGAAAGUACGGCGAGGACUCCAAGCUCAUCUAUAACUUGGAGGACCAAGGUGGUGAACUGACUUCUCUUAGGUAUGACCUGACUGUUCCAUUUGCGCGUUACGUUGCCAUGAACGGUAUUUCUCAGAUCAAGAGAUACCACAUCGCCAAGGUGUACAGAAGAGACCAACCUGCCAUGACCAAGGGCAGAAUGAGAGAGUUCUACCAGUGCGAUUUCGAUAUCGCAGGUAACUACGAUUCCAUGGUACCAGACGCAGAGAUUCUUAAUGUUUUGGUAUCCGGUUUGUUGGGACUAGGAAUCAAGGAUUUCAAGGUCAAGCUCAACCACAGAAAGAUCCUGGAUGGUAUUUUUCAGGUGUGUGGUGUGAAGGACGAGGAUGUCAGAAAGAUCUCUUCUGCGGUCGACAAACUCGACAAGUCUCCUUGGGAAGUGGUAAAGAAGGAGAUGGUUGUAGACAAACACCAACCGGAAGAGGUGGCCGACAAGAUUGGAGAGUACGUUAAGCUCAACGGCUCGAUCAGAGAUGUGUUAGCUACCUUGAAGAGCGAUGAGCUUUUGAGCAAGAACGAGUCGGCUUCUACUGGUAUUGAAGAGCUCAGCACCAUGGUUGAAUAUCUCGAAGCUUUGGAGGUUGAGCAAUACAUUUCCCUAGACAUGUCUCUGGCCAGAGGUCUUGACUACUAUACUGGUGUCAUCUAUGAAGCGGUUACUGCUCAAUCCGCUCCACCCACCGAUGCCGCAGAGAAGAAGAAGAAGGUUACCAAGAACGGUGCUGAUGUCGAAGAUGCGUCUGAAUACGUUGGUGUUGGCUCUAUUGCUGCUGGUGGCAGAUACGAUAAAUUGGUGGGCAUGUUCGCUCCAACCACAAAAUCCGGCAAGACGCAGUCCAUCCCAUGUGUGGGUGUCUCGUUUGGUGUGGAGAGACUGUUUUCGUUGAUCAAGCAGAGACAAGGCCUGGAAGCCAAGGUAAGACCUACUAACACCCAGGUCUUUAUCAUGUCGUUUGGUGGUGGUGCCGACUGGACAGGGUUCUUGAAGGAGAGAAUGCAAGUUGCCAACACCUUGUGGAGUGCUGGAGUUGAAUGUGAAUAUUUGUACAAAGCCAAGGCCAAUCCAAGAAAACAGUUCGAGGCUGCUGAGAAGACGGGAUGUCCUCUUGCCGUCAUUUUGGGCAAGGAAGAAUUUCCAGAGGGGAAGAUCAGAGUUAAGGUAUUGGGAACAGGUGAAAACGAUGACGGCGAUUUGAUCGAGGUCAAGGACCUCGUGGAUGUUGUGAAAGCCAAGUUGGCUGAGUCGAAGGUAGAUGGUGUUGAUGAGGUCACCAGGUUAAUCAGAAGCUUAUAG